CGCGCGGCGGCGCUUAGCCGCCGUGGCCGCGCUUCGCCGUCCUUUCGCCUUUCCUAGGGUGGCGGCGGCUGCCUGCUUCGGCUCUCGUGGUGUUGCUGCCGCCACGGCCUGGGCGCUGUUCCCCGGCUCCCGGAGUUCAGCGCGAAGCCCUGGCCCCAGCGGCCGGGGCAUGGGCCGGGGACGCGGCGUGGAGCGGCUUUCUGCACGGCCGUGACGUGCACCGAUUUCAGCAUGAAGACCCUCAUCGCCGCUUACUCCGGGGUCCUGCGGGGUGAGCGUCGCAACGAAGCUGCCGGCAGCGAGAACAAGAAUGGAGGCUCUGCCCUGUCACGCAAGGGGUCUGGGCGAUGGGGCACUGGCUCCAGCAUCCUCUCGGCCCUUCAAGACAUCUUCUCUGUCACUUGGCUCAACAGGUCCAAGGUGGAAAAGCAGCUGCAGGUCAUCUCAGUGCUACAGUGGGUCCUCUCAUUCCUGGUGCUAGGAGUGGCCUGCAGCGUCAUCCUCAUGUACACCUUCUGCACUGACUGCUGGCUCAUAGCUGUGCUCUACUUCACCUGGCUGGCGUUUGACUGGAACACCCCCAAGAAAGGUGGCAGGAGGUCGGAGUGGGUGCGAAACUGGGCUGUGUGGCGCUAUUUCCGAGACUACUUUCCCAUCCAGCUGGUGAAGACACACAACCUGCUGACCACCAGGAACUAUAUCUUUGGAUACCACCCCCAUGGCAUCAUGGGCCUGGGUGCCUUCUGUAACUUCAGCACAGAGGCUACUGAAGUUAGCAAGAAGUUCCCCGGCAUAAGGCCCUAUUUGGCUACAUUGGCUGGUAACUUCCGGAUGCCUGUGCUUCGGGAGUACCUGAUGUCCGGAGGCAUCUGCCCUGUCAACCGAGACACCAUAGACUACUUGCUUUCAAAGAACGGGAGUGGCAAUGCUAUUAUCAUCGUGGUGGGCGGUGCAGCCGAGUCCCUGAGCUCCAUGCCUGGCAAGAACGCAGUCACCCUGCGGAACCGCAAGGGCUUCGUGAAACUGGCCCUGCGCCAUGGAGCCGAUCUGGUCCCCACCUAUUCCUUUGGAGAGAAUGAGGUUUACAAGCAGGUGAUCUUUGAGGAGGGCUCCUGGGGCCGCUGGGUCCAGAAGAAGUUUCAGAAGUAUAUUGGUUUCGCCCCUUGCAUCUUCCAUGGCCGAGGCCUCUUCUCCUCUGACACCUGGGGGCUGGUGCCCUACUCCAAGCCCAUCACCACUGUUGUGGGGGAACCCAUCACCAUCCCCAAGCUGGAGCACCCCACCCAGAAGGACAUUGACCUGUACCAUGCCAUGUACAUGGAGGCCCUGGUGAAGCUCUUCGACAAUCACAAGACCAAAUUCGGCCUUCCAGAGACAGAGGUGCUGGAGGUGAACUGAUCCAGCCCAUGGGCCCAGUUCCUGGAAGGGACGACUGCAAAUCCUUUUCUACCAAGUUCUCAAGUGCAUUUUGUUCUGUAAAUUUGGAAGUGUCAUGGGUGUCUGUGGGUUAUUUAAAAGAAAUUAUAAUUUGUUAAACCAUUGCAAUGUUAGAUCUUUUUUAAGAAGGGAAGAGUCAGUAUUUUAAGCUCUCUUCUAGUGUGUCCUGCUCAAGGUGGUGGCUAACAUUUCUGGACCUUGAUGGUUUCUUAUUUACCCUUCUAAUGUUCCCCAAACAACAGACACUUAGCCCUAGUUAACUGGGGAAAGACAGCCCUUAGUAACUUGGCCGCUUAGGUAAUCCCUGUUGCUCCAGGGAUUCUCAAGAUGGCAGAGGCUAUCUCCAUUCCUACCACCUCACAUGUGACUGCAGGUCUGGUCCUUCUUGCCAAGCGGAGGAUGGACGCAGAGGGCAGAGUUGGCCCCAUUUGGGCAGAGUGGCAGAUAGCAUCUGGAAUGCCUAGCUUGAGUCUCCUCCCUGCUGCUCACCAACCCCUUUUCUCCAAUCUGAGCCUACCCUGGCCUCCUGUAUACUGUGCUAGGGACAAAGAUGUCCCACAGGUACUGUCUGAGUUAUUUCGCUUGGCUGGUUUUACUCUGGAGGCUGCUAUCGUGGACUCGGCAUGGCUCAGUGUUGAUGUGGAGCACAUUCUCCCAGUCACCUGAGCUCUCCUGAGCCACACCCCAAGUCUGGUGUGUGGAAGGGCCUCUCUUCUGUUCACAGAGGGACCCAGCUUCCUGAGCAGCAUACUGGGUCCAGGACAGGAGGCCCCCUAACCCAAGCCUCACAUGUGUGCCUUUCUGAGGCAUUGGGCCAGGGAAGAAAGCCAUCCCCUCCUGUGUAUUCUGUUUUUUCUCCAUGAGAUUGUUGUGCCAUGUCACACUUUUGUAUAUUCCUAGACUAAUAAAUGGAAAUAAGAACUGCC